GUGUGCCGAGGCGCCUAGUUGAGCGCCAGGUAAAGGGAGGAGCUCCGCAGUGCCUUUCCUGCUCCGGGCCUGGGGGCCGCAGGUGUGAUCUCCAACCUCAUGGAAGCAGGGAAAAGCCCUCCAAAGUCCCCAGUCAGGAGAAAGCGGAGGCGAUCUCAGCGGCUCCUCAGCCGUGCGGCUGUUCCCCUGGAGUUCUACCGCUGCGACAUCUGCAAGAAGGACAUCAAGCACCUCUCCAACUUCCAGGAGCACCAGCGCAUCCACACGGGCGAGCGGCCCUACCACUGUGAGACCUGCCAGAAGAACUUCAUCCGCUGCGCUGACCUCAUUAAGCAUCGCCUGGUCCACUCGGACAAUCGGCCCCACUGCUGCGAUGCCUGUGGCAAGCACUUCAAGCUGGCUGGGGACCUAGCCAAGCACAGCAAGGUCCAUUCGGACGAGGCGCCCUUCAAGUGCGACGUUUGCGCCAAGCGCUUCAAGCGCACGUCCUGCCUCAUCAAGCAUCUCCGCAUCCACACUGAGGAGAAGCCUUUCAAGUGCUCCCAGUGCAGCAAGAGGUUCAAAUGGGAAGCCUCAGUCAAGGAGCAUCAGCGCAUCCAUACAGGCGAGAGGCCUUUCAAGUGCGAGCACUGCCCCAAGAGCUUCACCCACUUCUCCACCUUCCUGCAGCACAAGAGAACUCACCAGGACCAGAAGCAGUUCCGCUGCAAAUGCUGCUCCAAGUCCUUUAACCACAAAUCCAACCUACUGAAGCACCAGCGCACGGUACAUGGCUAG